AUGCUGGAAGCCGCCGAGGGUCUGCCGGUUAACUGGGGACUGUUGGGCAAGGGCAACGCCAGCGAGCCGGAGCCGUUGGUGGAACAGAUCGCCGCCGGAGCCAGCGGUCUGAAGCUGCACGAGGACUGGGGAACUACGCCCGCGGCCAUUGACUGCUGCCUUGGUGUGGCCGACGCCUACGAUGUGCCUGUGGCAAUUCACACUGACACUCUCAACGAAGCGGGUUUCGUCGAAGAUACCAUAGCCGCCAUUGCCGGGCGGACGAUCCACACUUAUCACACCGAAGGCGCCGGCGGUGGCCAUGCUCCGGACAUCAUUCGCAUGGCCGGCGAACUGAACGUCCUUCCCUCAUCCACCAAUCCCACCCGUCCCUACACCGUGAACACCCUGGCGGAACACAUGGAUAUGUUGAUGGUCUGCCAUCACCUCAGCCCCAACAUUCCCGAGGAUGUGGCAUUCGCUGAAAGCCGCAUCCGACCCGAGACCAUGGCUGCCGAGGAUGUACUGCACGACCUUGGAGUGUUGAGCAUUUACUCCUCCGAUUCCCAGGCGAUGGGCCGCGUCGGUGAGAACUUCACCCGCCUGUUCCAGACCGCGGACAAGAUGCUCAAGAUGAAGGGCAAGCUGCCGGAGGAUGAGGCGGAACACGACAACUUCCGGGUGUUGCGUAUCUGGCCAAGUUGA